AUGGUUUCGUGUUUCUCCGUCGCUCCCAUACACAACGACAAGUACGACUAUUACAUCGACGAUUACAUCUCCGAUGACGACCCGAACCUCGACCCGGACGUACGUACGCUCCGCAAGGCGAAGCAACGGCGGUACGAAGAGCGGCUCGCGAAGGAAGCGGCGAAAGCGGCGGAGGAAAGGGAGAAGAUAAGGCAGAGAGUCGGGGGAGUGGUGGUGGUGGGUGUAGAUGUGAAUGAGAGCGGUCAGAAGAUCGUGGAUUUCGCGAUUGAGAAUAUGGUGAAGCGAGGCGGCAAGCUGGUGCUGGUACACGUCGCCACCGUCACUCCCCUCGUUCAGUCGGGCCCGGGCCGCAGCGACAAGCGCGAGGUGAAGAGCCGGGAGCGCGCGUGGUGGGGAGGCUACAACCUGCACAUGUCUCACGAGGUCGCUCGCCUGCUCAAACCGCACAGGCGACACUGCAGAGCCGCUGCGUCUCAGGCCCAGCCUCAGCCCCAGCCCCAGCCUCAGCCUCAGCCUCAGCCUCAGCCUCAGCCUCAGCCUCAGCCUCAGCCUCAGCCUCAGCCUCAGCCUCAGCCUCAGCCUCAGCCCCAGCCCCAGGCUCAGGCUCAGCCGCAGGCCCAGCAACUCUCCGAAGCAACCGGGUCCGCAGGCAGUGUGCACCCCAACCUUCAGCCCCUGAAUGGGAAUCUCCCAGCACGGGAUGCUGGUAGCGCACAGAGGAGUAGUAGCAGUUUGAGAGCGGUGGAAGGGGAUGGGGAAGGGUCUGUGAAGCCAGCACGGGAUGGUGGAAGCAUUCAGAGGAGUAGUAGCAGUUUGAGAGGGGUGGAAAGGGAUGGAGAAGGGGAGGUUCGUGUUAAAGGGGUGGGGUCAGUGGCGGGGUGGAGGGUGGGUGGUGCUGACGAUGGGUCGAGCGUUCAGAGCUACAGGAGUAGUCUGCACGGGGUGAAGGAGGAGGAGGAGGAGGAGGAGGAGGAGGAAGAAGAGGAAGAGGAGGAGGAGGAUGAGGAUGAUGGGGAGGGCUGUGAGGAGGAGGAAGAAGAACGGGGAGAACGAGGGAGGAGUCGGGACAAGGAGCGGGCGAAGCAGGCAAGGGAGAAGGAGGAGAGGGAGAAGGAAAGGAGGGGAGGAGGUGGUGGGGAGGAAGGAAAAGAGGGAAACUUGGAGGCGAAAGAGGAGUGGAACGAGGAGGGUGAUGGCCUAGAGGAACAAGAAGGAGAAGAGGAGAGGAAGGCUCGAGAGGCAGAGGAGAACGAGAGGUUUAUGACCGAAGUGCGGAUAGUGGAGAGGGCAAGCGCUCAUCCCAACAUUGUGAAGCUUCUGGGGUACUGCAUGGAGGGCGGAGAGCAUAUUAUGGUGUAUGAGCUGGCGGGGAACGGGAGUGUGGAGCGCAACUUGCACUCCAAGACAAGAGAUGUGAUGCCCUGGGAGCGGCGCAUUCAGGCUGCGGUCGGCGCGGCUCGAGGGCUGGCUUAUCUCCACAGCGGCUGUAGCAGCAGCAUCAUGCAUAGGGACAUCAAGACAGGCAACAUUCUAGUGGGCCACGACUGGCAACCGCUGGUUGCUGAUUUCGGCCUUGCUAGAUGGAUCCCCUCCCCUCCCCCUCCCACCUCCGCAUCCCCCUUACAAGCUUCCCCCUUACCAGCCUCCGCAUCCCCCUUACAAGCCUCGGGGUCGGCUAUACCUGGGGCGGCGAAUAAACCCGCUAUAGACGGAUCCAUUAAGUCGCCUAUAGAGGGCACUGUGGGGUAUAUGGCCCCUGAGUAUUUUCUUAGAGGGCGGUUGUCCACCCACACUGAUACAUACGCGUUUGGAGUGCUGCUGCUGGAGCUUAUAACGAGUCGCAGGCCUGUGGAUCCGAGGCGGAGCAAGGAGGAGAUGGACCUGGUGCUGUGGGCCCUCCCUCUACUGGGCUCGGGACAGCUGCACCUACUAGUGGACCCGCGAGUGGAGGGAGCAGUGGAUCUGCUGUCUCUGCACCGCAUGGCUGCUGCUGCUCUGCUGUGCCUGCGCCACACGCCCUCCCUGCGCCCCUCCAUGCACCAAGUCGCUUUGCUGCUGGAAGGGCAUGCCUUGGAUUAUCAGCAGUUGUACCAACACUGGAUGAGCCUGCGGGACCAUGCUCGGCCCACAACAGCUGAGAGCAAACGAAUGGCUGCUGCCAAGGCUGCUGCUGUGGGAGGAAUGCGGAAUAAAAAUCCGGAAGAGAAGCAAAACGAGGAGAAUAAAGGGGCAAUUUCGACGAAGGAGCUGAUCGAUCGGCUAAGGGAGGAGUGCAGCACGAGCAAGGAGAAACUUCUGCAGAUCGCGGCGGAUAUGAAGGCGGAGAUGGUCUAUGGCCUCAGGAGCACGCAAGGGAGUACGCUCAAGAUGCUUCCUUCCUACGUCGACCGUCUCCCUGAUGGGUCGGAGAAGGGCGUGUUUUACGCCCUGGAUCUGGGCGGGACCAACUUCCGUGUGUUGCGAGUGCCUCUGUUGGGUAGGGACGGUGGAAUCGGCAAGGUGGACUCUGAGGGUUCAUCCAUCAGCCCUGAGCUUAUGACUGGCACCACCGAGGCUCUGUUUGACUACAUUGCGUCGAGGCUGGCUGCAUUUGUGGCAAAGGAGGAGGAGGAGUUCAAACCAGCAGAGGGCAAGCACCGCGAGCUGGGGUUCACAUUCUCGUUCCCAUGCGACCACACGGCUAUUAACGCUGGGCGGCUUAUCAAGUGGACCAAGGGGUUCAACAUCCCUGAAACUGAAGGGAGGGACGUGGUUCAGGUUCUAGAGGAGGCUCUUGAACGACAGAAGCUAGACAUGAAAGUCUCGGCGCUGGUGAAUGAUGCAGUGGGUACACUAGCAGGAGCACGGUUCGUGGAGUCAGACGUGAUGCUGGGGGUCAUCCUGGGCACGGGGUCCAACGCGUGUUACGAGGAAAUCCAGGACACCAGCGUCAGGCAGACUGGGCCUCCUCCGGCCUCUGGCCGCAUGGUGAUCAACAUGGAGUGGGGCAACUUCUGGUCCGGCCAUCUGCCUGUCACGGAGUAUGACGACCUGCUUGACUCCAAGAGCGCCAACUGCGGCCAGCAGCGUUACGAGAAGAUGAUAUCAGGCAUGUACGUGGGGGAGGUGGUCCGUCUGGCCCUGCUUGACAUUGCCCAGAAGUCGAAGCUGUUUGGGGAACCUGUCCCCGCCAAGCUGCUCCAACCCAACUCCCUCCCGACACCCAAAGUAGCAAUCAUUCACGAAGAUACCUCAUCGGACCUCCCAAAAGUCGGAGCUGUGUUGGUCGAGACUCUUGAGCUUCCCAACACCUCACUGCCCCAGCGCCAGGCAGUGCAGGAGGUGAGCCGCAUUUUUGGGGAGAGAGGCGCCCGCCUGGUGGCUGCUGGCAUUGUGGGUGUGCUGCAGAAGCUGGGGCGCGAUGGGAAGGCCCAGCCGAGCACAGGAGAAACAGCAGCUAUUGAUGGGGAAGCGGCAGGAGGAGAAGCAGGAGCAGCAGGAGCAGAGGCAGGGGCAGGUUUGGGGCAUGUGCCGAGGACAGUGGUGGCAGUGGACGGGGGUAUGUACGAGCAUUACACUCCGUUUCGUGAGGGCACAAAUUCACGAGACGCUCAAGGAGCUUCUUGGGGAGGAGGUGGCGGGUUUUGUGAGUAUGAAGCUGUCUAA